GAUGCGCCCACGGCUCGCCCUCUCUCCUCGCUCUCACACGGUACGACACGCGAUCGGACGUAGACUGGCGGCGACAGCAGCCGGGGCAAAGUGAAAGAGGAGAAGAAAGCACUGAAGAGUCUCCACAUGGCAGCAGCAGCAGUGCUGCCUAAUCAACGUUUAUCUAACAGAAUCUGCCGAAGGACGCUUUGGACACGCUCUCAUGUCCUCAAACCCAAACUACUAAAUCCAAGGAGCUAAAAAAAGAAAAAUAAAAAGCCAACCACUGGCUCCAGCAAGUGGACAGAUUUUAAAGUAAAAAGACGAGAGGGGGAGGGUUGUAUGGGUGCCAAAUCCCCAUCCAAGACACUCCGCAUCUCCUCGAUCUGCCGCCUCCCUCCUCUUCCUCCCUCCAUUUACUCCUCCGCUUUUCUCUCAUUCUCCGUCGUUUUCUCCCAUGGGAGUGACAUAGAGGCCAUCGCUUGGUCUGCUGCCACGCCCCUUCCCCUCCUUGUCGCGGAAACGGGGGCGUCCAGGUAGUGAUGUCGUGGAAGAGGAACUACUUUGCAUCGGGUGGUGGAGCGGUAGGCGGGGUGCAGGGGCUGGUCACCCCGAGAACCAUGACCUCUAUCGCACCCAGCAAAGGCCUGAGCAAUGAGCCGGGACAGAACAGCUGCUUCCUCAACAGCGCUCUGCAGGUUCUGUGGCAUCUCGACAUCUUCCGCAGAAGCUUUCGACAGCUGACCACACACAAAUGCAUGGAGGACUCGUGUAUCUUCUGCGCUUUAAAGAGUAUCUUUGCUCAGUUCCAGUUCAGCAGUGAGCGUGUGCUGCCAUCGGAUGCACUGCGGAGUGCUCUGGCUAAGACUUUCCAAGACGAACAACGGUUUCAGCUGGGUAUUAUGGACGACGCUGCUGAAUGCUUUGAGAAUCUCUUGAUGCGUAUCCACUUCCACAUCAGCGCAGAGAGUAGAGAGGACAUUUGCACAGCCAAACACUGUAUACCACACCAGAAGUUUGCCAUGACUCUGUUUGAACAGUGUGUGUGUAACAGCUGUGGAGCCACAUCAGACCCCUUGCCCUUCAUUCAGAUGGUUCAUUAUAUCUCCACUACAUCUCUGUGUAACCAGGCAGUGAGGAUGCUGGAGUGCAGAGAGAAACCCACACCGGAUAUGUUUGGAGAACUGCUCCGCAAUGCCAGCAACAUGGGAGACCUGCGCAACUGCCCUAGUAACUGUGGGGAGGUAUUGCGUAUCCGCCGGGUGCUGAUGAACUCACCGGAGAUCGUGUCCAUCGGGCUGGUGUGGGAUUCAGACCACUCUGACCUGGCGGAGGACGUCAUACACAGCCUGGGGACCUGCCUGCGUCUGGGAGAUUUGUUCUACCGUGUGACAGAGGAGAGGGCUCGCCAGGCGGAGCUUUACUUGGUGGGCAUGGUGUGCUACUACGGCAAGCACUACUCCACCUUCUUCUUCCAGACCAAGAUACGCAAGUGGAUGUACUUCGACGACGCCCACGUCAAGGAGAUUGGCCCAAAGUGGAAGGACGUGGUGUCUCGGUGUAUCAAAGGCCACUAUCAGCCCCUGCUGCUGCUCUACGCUGACCCCCGUGGGACGCCAGUGAUACUGCAGGAGAGCCCCAACCCCUGUACCAGCUCCAACCCGCAGCUGGAGCUCCAGCACUGCAGCAGCAAGGCUGGUUACGACAGCGAAGACUCUGGUCGGGAGCCGUCCAUAUCCAGCGAUACUCGUACCGACUCUUCAACGGACAGCUCGAGUCACCGCGCUUCUCGCAGCCGAUCCCUCCACCAGUCCACAGGCAGCCACCUCUCCAGUGAAUCCCAGACCACAGUGGUCUGUAAUUACGACAUCGGCACACCGCCACUUGGUGCUGAAGCCGGAGGUAAUACUGCACUCGAGUCCAGGCGCAGAUCAGCAGUGGAGGGUCCUCCCCGUCCUCCCUCUCCUCCUCUGCCGGAGUACAAGGAGACGGCUGUCUUCCUCCUCUCCUCCCGCCGGCCACUCACCUCCUCCUCCUCCUCCUCUCGUCCCCUGUCCUCCUCCUCUUCGUCAGGAGUAGGGGGCUGUGAGGGUGGAGUUGGGGGUCCCCACUGGGAGGAUGAAAGCACCAGCAGUGAGAGCAAGUCCAGUUCUUCUGGAAGCCGCUACAGGCCAACCUGGAGGCCCAGGAGAGAGGCCCUGAACAUCGACAGCAUCUUUACCCGACCGAGAGGCCCCUCUCUGGAGCCCCAGGACUCCCUUCCCUUGGCGGGACCCGCUCCACCAACACAGCCAGGGCUACAAAAGGUGGAAGGGAGGGAGGUUCAGGAAUUGGAGGCGGGGUUUGGGCUGGUCGGGCAGCCCAGGUCUCUGGGCAGCGGGUGGACAAUGGGUCCCCCUGCCCCUCCACCUCUGAGAGGGGUGGAGCACCAGCCACGUCUGAUUCAGAGGAUGGAGAGUGGCUACGAGAGCAGCGAGAGGAACAGCAGCAGCCCUGACAGGGAGGUGGGGCAACAUAAACGGGUGCUGAUGUCGGGACCUUCAUGGCGUUCGGUGCCUAAGUCAAAGAGCAGCAGUGCAAUCCUGCAGGAGCUGCCCGUCCCUAGCUGGGGUGGUGGCACCAACACAGGCAUGGGGCGCAGUGAGCUGGACGAGCUGCAGGAGGAGGUGGCAAGGAGAGCCCGCCAGCAGGAGCAGCAGAAGCGUAGGGAGGCUGAGCGGGAGGCAGCCAUGGGAUUCAACCCCAAACCCAGCAAAUUUAUGGACCUGGACCAGCUCCAACACCAGGCUGUGCUCAGACCCCUGCAUGAGGCUAACGCUCAUAGCGGAUUGGCUGUAGCUGCGUGCAUGAGGAGCACUGGGGGCCCAAUCAAACGCAGGCAGGAACAGGAAAUGGAACGGGAGACAGGAAGCGCCCGCCCACAGGGGCCUCGCAGUGAACAGCCUGGCCCGGUCCAAGUACUGCUGACGCCCAAUCAGGAGGAGGAAGAGGACCAGGCAACGCCCAAACAGGACGCUGCUCUGGGCCCGGACCCGCCCCCUCUGCCCUAUCGGCCCGCUCCCCCCCGACCCCCGCUCACCCUUAACAUCCCUCACCCUUGGGGGGUGAGUGUCAGACCUCUGGGGAAGCACUUAGCCAUCUCUCUGCCCUCGCUUCCUCUGCGUCUCUGGGAUACAAACACCACACACACCGCACACUCCACACACCUUGAACCCCCACACACACACCCUCCCCCUCCCCCUCUUCCCCCACCUUACCCUCUGGAAACCUCCGGGCAAAGGAAACCUUUCACGCCUCUCUGGCAGCCUCCCCAGCCCCAUUCCCCAACCGGUGCAGCUCAGCAUUGGCCGAGGCACGAAGCUGAUGGCGACAACAGCACACGGCAUUGGUCCUCCUGGAGUUUGGACCGCCCCGACGCCGUGGUGACACCAUAUGACACGCCUCCAGACCGCUGUGUUCCCAUCAGGCCGCAGGCGUCCAGUCAGCACUAUAGCUACAGUUGCCAGUCCUCUCCAGGGCACUGCAGCUCCCAGCAUGCCCCAGGGCAACUUGGUGAUCCCUGCUGUGACCGCGAAGAGGCUGAGCUAUCUGAGCUUGACUCCCUUUACCAGGCCAGUCUGCUGGCUGGAAAGACAGGCUGCAGCCCAUCAGAGAGGCUCAUAUCCAGGGUGGGAGGACAGGCUCGCUCUAAGACCCCAAACGCAGAGAUGGAGAGGAGUGUGUAUGGGGCGGACUGCACCAGCACCCCCACCUACCUCAACAAGCCAAUGAUGUUGCGGGAUAUGCGUUUUGGGGUGGAGCCUGAUGAUGGGGAAAACCUGAGACGAAUUGGACGCAGCCUGAGCGGCACAGUAGUGACCCCGCGCCGCAGCCGUCUGACUGCAACCCGCAGCCUUCUGUUUGUCUUGUUUCUUCCUUUUGUCCUGCUUUUCAAUUUCCAAUCUGUGCUCCUCUCUCCGCUUUUCUUCCCUUUCUUUCCUCUUUCUCUCUCGAAGGUGAAGCAGGCUGAUGUCAGUGCCUCUCCUUGCUUACUUCCUCUCUUCUGAGUCCCUGUUGCUAUUCCACCACUAUCAUCUCCUCCAUCCUCCUCAUCACCAACACCUUCUCAUCACCACCUCCCUCCACUGCUUUACAGGAGCUGUCGGGCGGUGCUGGGAGUUUCUGGCUGUGUCUGACGGGGGUCAAGCUGCCUUCUGACCAGAGUCCUUCUCUGCUUCACUAGUGUCUCACCGCGCCCACCUCCACACUGGGCGCAGCAGCGCCGGGGUCCUUGGCGGCCUCACCUUGACGGACCUGGAAUUGGCUCAGGAGGAUCAAACUCAACUCCUAUCCUGUACCUUCUCCUUCUCCCUCAAACAACAUGCACAUGCAAACACAUGCACGCACACAUGCACAUCUGCACUGACUUAGAGCCUCCCUCAGCGCCUGCAGCACCCUGCUUAGCCCUUCCUGGCCUUCCUCCCUCCCUCCCCCUCCUUGACCUACUAUUCUGUCUAUGCAGUCACUCUGACCCCCAACUACAACCUCAACCUUCCCCCCUAUUUCCGGGACUGUUGUUUCUAGUCUCCCCCUGGGUUUUCAGAUGGUUUUCCUGUGCAGUCAGCCUGGCGAGUAUGCCUCUUUCAGUGGUGUUGUCGGGUUGGUAGCUCACUUGCCGGGUGUGACUGGGACCUGAGCUCUCGGCAGUGUCCUCCACCCCACAGGGCUCUCAGCUCAGGGGGAGGCUCUUACCAAGUAGCCACGCCUCUUCCUCUUUCUUCACGGGCAUUUCCUGUUGGAUGCACACGUAGCCGAACUGGGUCUGUAUCAGAUGGACAGCCAUAUUUUCUCUCAUUUUGUUAGUUUUUUUUCUUCCUGUGUGCACACACAGUAAACCCGCCCGAGACCGAACUCUCUAAUAACUAAAAGUCAUGUACAGAAAAACUCAUGUAUGAAAACCUGUAUGUUAAUUAAUUAAGACCUUAUGGAAUGUUGAUAACGAUAAUUAACGAAUAUUGAUAAACUUCAAGUGGUACUUCCUCAUGUCUGCAUUUCAAAUAGGAGUGGAGUGCACUUCACAAGUGUCUAGCUGGAGUUUCCGCCCCCCAAACCGCUAGCCGACCUAAUGACAGCUCUCCCGUUUCUACCGGGAGAUUAAACAAGAAAAGCGCUUCCUUUUUCUCUGCUUCUUUCCUAGUUCCUUUCUUUCUUGCCUUCUCUCUUGCUUUUUUUUAUUCGCGCUUGCUUUCUUUCUUCCAAACAGGAAACAGUAGCACCACAAAUAGGCCAACAGGGGAGGAAAGUUGAAGAAGGAAUGCGAGAAUGUAGGUUAGGAAACCCUUCUCUGAGGCUUUAUCAAUGAAAAUAGAGAUGACUCUGCGUUUUGCAAGGUUACUCGGCAGAAGUGCACUUUCCGUAGGCUAUUUGACUGAGAGGUGGCUGGAGAUAACAUGAUGGUGUUUGUUUUGCUUAAAGGCCUCAGGUGAACUUAAGUGGCACUUAUGAAUUCACACUUGUAUUAUUUCUCCCUCCCACUGAAAAUGUGUUUAAGGCCUCAGAUGUGAAUAGAAAAUCAUCCUCAGCCUGAGACAGUCACAUGUCUAAUAUGAAUAAUGCUUUAUAUGAUAUAUAUGUAUGAGAGGUAUAUUUUCAGCCAGUGAGCUAUCUUCUUCAGAGAUGUCAACCAUUCCUCAGUUGUAUGAACAGUUAUAACACUCACUCCCCCCUUUACUGAGGAGCAUUCUGACAUGUUUAGAGUACAUUUAUUAUAUGCUUUAUUCUAUUAAAUAAUAUAUGAAAUAACAAAGUCCUUAUAAAACAACUGGCCAAUGUAAAGUACUUCAAGGAUUUACUGAUGUUGAUCGAUCGUUGUAACUAAACCAAAGGUUGGCACUUAACUCAGAGAGCGUAUUUAACAUUGCUGUUUUAUUUUUAUUUAGUUUGUUGUUGUUGUUUUUGUUUGUUUGUUUGUUUGGGGUUCUGGAUGUGGGAGAAUGUAGCCAAUUGUAGCGCAUGAGUCCGCUAUGCAAAUCAACCUUCCCUCACGAUCCUGUAUCAGAGACAGUCAGGAGGCAGACACACCCACCCACGGGCGCUCUCAUGGACUCUGGCAGAGACACGGAGAGGAGGAGGAGAUCUCAUGUCUAAUGCUGCUGGUGAACUUUGUUGUUCUGCAUCUACUACUAUGUUUUAACCAAUGGAAUGCAAAAAAAGGGGAGCAACAAGGAGGGAGAGAGCAAAAAGGGAGAAAGAGAACGAAUGAAUGUAAAAUAAAGGAUGAAAGUGUGUGUUUGUGAAUGAUGUCAUGGUCAGAAACAGAGAGGGUGAAGAGUCAACCACUGCAGAUGGUUUAUUGUUUGUGGGUGUGUGUGGACUGUGUUUCAGUUCUGGGGUGGUGUUGCUCGGGGAAAGAGGGAACCUGUAUUUUUGCAAUAAAGUUAUUACCAAUGCACUCCCACAGGGGGCGUAACCACAGUA